CCCGGCGGGCGGCAGGCGGCGGCUGGAGGUGCGCGUCGGGGCAGGGAACAUGGACUUCGUCCGCCUCUGGCUAGGGCUGCUGCUGCCUUUGGUAGCUGCGCUGGAUUUCGGCUACCACCACCAGGAAGACAUGGAAGCGUUUUUGAAGAAUGUGGCCCAAAACUACAGUUCCAUCACUCGCUUACACAGUAUUGGGAAAUCUGUGAAAGGUAGAAACCUGUGGGUUCUUGUCGUGGGGCGCUUUCCAAAGGAGCACAGAAUUGGGAUUCCAGAGUUCAAAUACGUGGCCAACAUGCACGGAGACGAGACUGUGGGGCGGGAGCUGCUGCUCCAUUUGAUUGAACAUCUCGUAACCAAUGAUGGAAAAGACCUUGAAAUCACAAACUUAAUCAACCGAACCCGGAUACACUUCAUGCCCUCCAUGAACCCAGAUGGAUUUGAAGCGGUCAUCAAGCCUGACUGUUUUUACAGUAUUGGAAGGGAAAAUAACAACUACUAUGACCUGAAUAGAAAUUUCCCCGACGCUUUUGAAUUUAAUAAUGUAUCAAGGCAGCCUGAAACUGUGGCCGUCAUGGAGUGGCUGAAGACGGAGACGUUUGUCCUCUCUGCCAACCUCCACGGCGGUGCCCUGGUGGCCAGUUACCCGUUUGACAACGGUGUUCCAGCGACGGGGACGUUACACUCCCGUAGCUUAACCCCCGACGACGAUGUUUUUCAACACCUUGCACAUACCUACGCUUCAAGAAAUCCCACCAUGAAGAAAGGAGACCAGUGUAAAAACAAAAUGAACUUUCCCAAUGGCAUCACGAAUGGCUACUCUUGGUAUCCACUCAAAGGUGGAAUGCAAGAUUACAACUACAUCUGGGCCCAGUGUUUUGAAAUUACGUUGGAGCUGUCAUGCUGUAAAUAUCCUCAUGAGGAGAAGCUUCCGUUCUUCUGGAACAAAAACAAGGCCUCAUUGAUUGAAUAUAUAAAACAGGUGCACCUAGGUGUAAAGGGUCAAGUUUUUGAUCAGAAUGGAAAUCCAUUACCCAAUGUAAUUGUAGAAGUCCAAGACAGAAAACAUAUCUGCCCUUAUAGAACCAACAAAUUUGGAGAGUAUUAUCUUCUUCUCUUGCCUGGGUCCUAUGUAAUAAAUGUUACAGUCCCUGGACACGAUCCAUACCUCACAAAGGUGGUUAUUCCAGAAAAAUCCCAGAACUUCAGUGCUCUUAAAAAGGAUAUUCUACUUCCCUUCAGAGGCCAAGUGGAUUCUAUCCCAGUAUCAAAUCCUUCAUGUCCUAAGAUUCCUCUGUAUAGUGAUUUGCCAAGCCACUCAGCUGCAACAAAGCCUGGUCUGUUCUUAUUCUUAGUGACUAUCUUUCACAUAUUUGUCAAAUAAAGCAAAAUGUGAAACACAAGCCCCAUCAUCACCUGGAAUCAGGGAUUACGCACACCAGGUUAUUGCAACUCUUAACUCCCUCUGCGGGACCUGGACCAAAGAAACGCCACGGUCCUUCCCUAAGAGGAGAAAUGGUUGUUUUCAAACCACAACAAGCCAUGUGUGGUGAUAACAAAAGGAAUGAUUUAAUCUUGAUGAAUGGAAGACACCUACCUUUCAAGUACUGUCCACUUACACUUAAUCUUGAAGUUGUCUUAGAAAUUUGUAAGAAAAAGCUGAGAAUCAAGAAAGAAGUUCCUGCAAGAAAAAAAUGGAGCAAAUUUUGUAUACAGAGAGCCAGAUGAAUAUAAGCAAUGAAGAUGAACAUUCAUUGAUUACCUACUGUCUACAAAACCUGGCCAUGAGUGCUAUAUGUGAAGAUAUAGGAAGUGCCAUAUGUAAUUCUCAGCACAGGGAGAAAUGAUGAUAGGACUGGGAAUAUUUCAUUUCAAAAAUGUUCUAAGGAAAGAGGAGCGGAAAGAGGCAACCAUGUCUCAGCGGCCCAAGAAAAACUAUGGGCCUGAUGGGAUGUCGAGGUUCUAUCUACAGAGCCCCAGAACCACAGAUCAAUUAAGUGCCCCUCCUUUCUGCACUCAGCUGCCAGUUCUGUUGUGCUGAUGACCCACAAAUGUGUCACUCGAGCUGCAAAGUCAAGUCCUGACUGACUUUGCCUGAGCUGCAAAGUCAAGUCCAACUUCCCACUGUACGCAUCCACCAGAUGGACCCGCAGGUACCUCAAACUCCUCGUGUUGAAAUUGAACGUAUUUUUCUCCCUGGAGCUGCUCUUCCCCCUGUACUGGUCUCUGGCACCACCAAACUAGAAACUGAGGGUCAUCCUUGAUGACGAUAUGGGCUGAGGGAGGAGAAAUCAGUCAUUAAAGAUUGACGUGAAUUAUAAACCUUGGCUGACCCUCUCUCCAUGGCUAGUAACGUUGUCAAGUCGAGGCCACCGUGACUCACUGGCACCACUGCAGCAGCUUGACUGGUCUCCCGCGCCCGGCCUUCUCCUCUUCAAAUCCGUCCUCGUGCAGCACUGGGGAAGAAGGUCUGCUCGAAACAAAAAACAACAAUCAACUUGCUUGUAGUUCCUGUACACUCAGUGCGCCGUCUGCGUCCCGUAUCUGAACACCAUUCUGACCCACCACAUUUUCUUUGCCACCCCCUCAACUCAGUUCAGGUGUCAGCUCCUCCAGGAAGCCUUUGCUGACCAUCAUCCCUCCCAUUCCAUUCUCCCUCCCAGUCAAUCUGGGGACCUUUCCUCUUCGGUACUCAAAUUAAAUGGGUUACCUCUAUUAUGAAUUUACCAACUGUAUUAUGAUCUACUUUCAUGUGUGAUUUUCCCUAAUAGAAUGUGAGCUUUGAGGCCAGGAUCUAUUAAUUUGAAAAAUUCAUUUUUUUAUCUUCAGAGCCCCAUACAUAGUAGAAACUGAAUGAGUGAGUGAACAAAGAGUUCCAUGAACCUACUAAACCCAGUCUCUCCCAGACACUGUGUUGGGCGUUGAGUCAUUUCGUCAAAUGAGGUCCUAUAUUAUGGCAAUCUCCAGCUCAGUAGCAGCACUGACAAAAGAGUGUUCAAAUAUGUAUCAACAAAUAAAGUCAAAUAUGGUGUUUUUA